UCUGUUCAGCAUAUCUGAAAAUACGACAUGAAGUGUUUCUUGCUCCUUGCUCUGCUUUUGGGCGUGAGUGCUCAGUUAGCCUGGGCCACUGGGUACUCUAAUCAGGUAUGCCUCAAGCUGCCCCAGGGCCCUAAGGGACCCAGAGGUAACAUGGGGCCACAAGGUCCUGCAGGUCCGCAGGGCGAGGACGGUUCGCAAGGCCCCGAAGGGUCAAUGGGCCCCGCCGGACAUGGUGAGGACGGAGAGGAUGGUGAAGCUGGCAUGCCGGGUAGACCAGGUAGCUCUGAACUGCGCAGUAUUCCGAUCAGCCUGGCCUUCUCCUACCCAUCUCUACAUGCAUCCAACCCGUUCUACAUGAGUCUUCUCUACUCUUACUUCAAUGGUCGCUACUUCGUGGGAACUCCCAGCCGACAGCGCUCUCUGGGCGGCAAUGCCAACUUCAACCUGGGUCGUGGCGCAGUCAAGCUGGUUCGAUGGGGAACGGAGAUUCGUAUUCCAUUUGUGAAGUCCUACGAAGGUUCUCCCGUGUGCAAGGUUCACUUCCAGGACAUCUUCAGCCACGCAAAGGUCUAUGCCACCAGCACGUUCCUAGCCAUCAAGCUGCCCACCAUCUGGAAGAGGAAACAGACGCACAUCCAGGCCGUUUGCUGGGGCGCUUUCCCGAAGCCCGCCAAGAACUAAUAAGAGGUGCAGCGGCGGCCAUUGCUCGAACUGCCUAGGUAUCACAUGUCACAUUCUAUUCUUCAUGCACGUACAGGUUUAGAAACUGAACUCCACUUUAUCACAUCCAAAAUAUACUAUGUUAUCGCUCAAUCAUUGCUCUUCUUAUUCGGUAAAGGGAAGAGUGUCAGUAUGCUUGCGAAGUGUCAUCACACUAGGAGAGGAUGAUUAUUCCCGUAUUUUCUCUUCAUAAUUUUCUCUUGUUGAAAACUGAUCUCCAUUAUAUCGCAUCCAAAAUAUACUCCGCAAUCGCUCCAUCAUUGCUCUUCUUACUCGGUAAAGGGAAGAGUGUAAGCAUGUCAGUAUGCUUGCGAAGUGUGAUCACACUCGGAGAGGAUGUUAAUUCCGGUAUUUUCUUUUAACAGAAUCAGAUUUUGAGGCACCUGUAUGGAUGCGUUUAAGUUCUCUUCAAAUACAUGUACUGCAUAUUAUAUUCAGGAUGCUAGCGGCAGUACUCGGUUCUUUUGGAACCGGACACGAAAUUUCUUCUUUUUCUAACGCCAUUAUGGUUUGUGGAAAUCAAGUUCGACAAUUCAUUAUGAUUAUUUAGAUAUUUUCCACUUAUC